GAGAUCCUGGGGGCAGCCGCGACUUCGGCCUCGCCGCUCGCUCUUGCUCCUCAUUCGGUUUCCUCUCGCCUCUGCCCCUCGGUACCCUUUUGGUGCCGCGCUCCCGCCGCCGCGCUCCGCCGUUUUUGCCCGGCACCGAGUCCAGGUGGGGAGGCAGUUGGCGUGCGGAAAAACACCGGCUCUAGGUAGACCUAAGGCGAACUAGCAGACGCAACAGGUCCGCGCUGCGGGGCGAGGGGAGCGGCGGCCACCGCAGCCGUCUCCCACGGUCCCCGGCCCCUGGGCGGCCGCCCGCGGGGACCUCCGAAGUGCCCGUCCUCAGGGGGGUUGUCAGCAGGACUAUCCGAGUGGGUUCCUUUCUGGUUUUUGCCUUGUGGCCACCAGUCCAUAGACGGAGGGUGCUCUUCACCCCCAGGUAGGAGAGAAGAAGGCGGAGGACGGUCCAGGAUUGCUGGUCUCGGCACCGGGGAGAGCGGGGGUCCGUCUCCGCGCGCCCCUCUCCCACUCCGCCAACUAGUUGUACAGCCCACCGGACUGAACUUUGGAGGAACCGUCCUUUUUCUUUCCCUUUACGGUUAUUGGAAGUGGGAGAGGGUGGGAGGCAGCGGACCCCGCCACGAUGCUCCCGAAGAAGCCUGCAGGAAAAGGAGGGGCCGGAGAGCCGGGCUCCGAGGACCCGAGCUCCGCCCGGCAGCCUUGUGCCCGCACCGUGCCCCCAGGCGCGGUCCUGGCGGCCCUCCUGUCAGUGGUGGCCGUGAUGUCUUGUCUGUACCUGGGGGUGAAAACCAACGACCUCCAGGCGAGGAUCGCCGCUCUCGAAUCCGCCAAAGGGGACCCUUCCAUCCGUCCGCUUCCCGAUUGCCUGGAUCAGCUCAAAGCAGUGGUGCAAGAGAAAGUGGAGCGACUUCUGGCUCAGAAAUCCUAUGAACAUAUGGCUAAAAUAAGAAUCGCAAGAGAAGCACCUUCAGAAUGCAACUGCCCAGCAG